AUGUCAGAGAUACUGCCAAGACUUCCUGCAAAAUGUGUAGGUCGUGCAAAGAAGGUAUGUAAAGAAUGGUUGUCAUGUAUAUCGUCGAAGGAGUUUGUCAUGAUGCACUGUAGACAUAUGUGUAAGGGGUCUAGACAAAAAAUUCUUAGUAUUGGACAGGAAUCAUGCUUUAUUUCCAGCACUACUGUUGAUUUAGUCGAUGAGAAAACCAUGAUUACCCUACCGUUUCAUGUUCGCCCUUCUGAUGUGUGGAUUUUAUCAAGCUUGAAUGGGCUUUUAUGUGUUUGUUUACGCAAUACGUUUGAAAUGCUUAUUUGGAAUCCGUUGAUCCGUAGCUGCAUCAACAUAUCUGAUUCUAAGUCUUAUGGUUUUUUCAAAAUCUAUUCCGAUGCUGUUGGCCUAUACAUCGAUUCCUCUAAUGAUUACAGAGUUUUACAUAUAAAACGUGGUCGUUUUACAGUUGAUGUUAUGGCUUAUUCAAGGAGGACCAGUCAUUGGAAGAGAAUACCGUUUUUACAAAAAAGGCAUUACCAUACUAAUGGUUAUGUGUGGUCGGGGGGGACUUUUUGUGAGGAUGGUUUAUAUUUUACUGUAUUCCAGUUUUGGCUUGCUGGUGAUAUUGUCAUAAUUCGAUUUGAUGUGAAUACAGAGACGUUUUCAGAAAUAGGGUUUCCAUAUGUUGGCAAUGGUGAAACAUGUCAGGGGAACUUGGUUAAUAUGAAUAACAAACUUCACGUGUUUGUUAGUCAUGGGUUUAUAGAUAUGGCUGUGGAUCUAUGGCGUUAUGAAGGUGAGCAUUGGUCGAAGGUCAUGUUGUUUCCGAAGAUCAGUUAUAUUCCAACGCCAGUUUGGUGCUCAAUUACACAUGUUAGUUCAGAAGAAAAGUGUUUUGUGAUGACAGAUUGGGGUGAGGUUUAUGAAAUAGAUUUGAACAAGAAGACGUGUGACCUUUUCAUACCAAGCGAUUGGAAUCAUGCUAUACGGACAGCAAUGUAUGUGGAAACUAUUGUGCCAGCAAGUCUUCAGUAA